AUGCCAUCCGAAUGCUCGCUCCAAGCUGGCAACAGCUUCGGGGACAUGAUAGCUCGCGAAUGCCGUGUUGGCGUUGAUUUCACGCUCUCGUUUCAUCUUGUUCCCACAAUCGCGUUUCUUAUCAUCUGCCCUCUUCGAUUGCGAAUUCUAGCCAGAAGAGAUGUGCGAACGAAACCUCACAUAAUGAGAUUGGUAAAACUGACGACUGCCUUGAUUUUCGCCGCGAUUCAACUGGCCUUGCUCAUCAGCUGGGUAAAGAAAAUUCAGCCAUACCCCAAGCUCUCUCUAACAUCAAGCGCACUGAGUUUGCUAGUGGUAAUGGAAAUCGUGAUUUUGUCAUGGAUGGAAGAUGAGCGGUCUGUCAGGCCAUCAUCACUCCUCGCCAUCUACCUUAUCGUCACCUUACUUUUUGAUAUUGUACAGAUCGGAAAUUCGUGGCUAUCCCACAGGAAUUCCUUAAUACCGGGGCUCUUUACAGCUUUUGUAUCUACAAAAGCAGCGAUGUUACUUUUCGAGAGUUUGGGGAAGCAGGAGCACUUGAUCGAUUCUUAUCGAGAUCUUUCACGAGAGUCAACAAGCGGAAUUGUGAAUCGAUCAUUCAUGUGGUGGCUGAACCGCCUGAUUUUUGUUGGUUUUCGCUCUACACUCACUGUCGAUGAUCUUGAUCCUCUUGACAAGCCCCUACAGUCCAGCCGAACGGCACAGAUGGCACAGAAAGCCUGGGACUUUCGCCAGCGUCCCGAGCGCCGGUUCGAGUUCCCAUGGCAAAUGAUCCGAGCUUUCAAGAGCCCACUCGCUCUUACAAUACUUCCACGCCUCUGUUUGAUCGGCUUUACCUUCUCGCAGCCCUUCUUGAUUACAUAUAUUCUCAAAUGGCUUGAUGAUUCUGGUCGCGUGGGUACUAGUAGCCUAAGUGACGGUUAUGGUCUCAUCGGGGUCACAUCUUUGAUUUAUCUUGGAAUAGCCCUCUCCACUGUGCUUCAUGACCGGAUGCUUAAUAGAUUUGUCACGACUUUUCGAGGGGCAGCCUCAUUAAUGAUCUACGACCAUGCCUUGCAGACUCCCGAUGGAAGCAUAGGGGAUCGAUCUGCUGCCAUUACUCUAAUAACUACCGACAUUGACCGGAUCAUCAACUGUCUAGUCAUCUUAAAUGAAUACUGGGCGCGGAGCAUUGAAGUUGUCAUAGCUUCCAAGCUGUUGAGCGCGAUUCCUUCCAUAGCAGCAUCCACUGGAUCCUUUGACAGAAUACAAGAAUUUCUUUUGUCAGAAAGGCGUCCUCAAGAUGCAGCGGAUGACCUAUUUGGCACAAUUGAAGCGGAAACACAAUGCAACUCUUUCAAUGGUGUAUCAGAAACUACCGACCUUCAAAAGCCUGUCAUUUCUAUGAAAAGCCUCAGUAUUCGCCCAUCGCCAUCGGCAAAUUUUGUCUUGAGAGAUGUUAGCUUCAAAGUCCCUUUUGGGGUGCUAGUCAUCGUCCAAGGGCCAGUUGGAUCAGGCAAAUCGACCCUUCUUCGGGCUAUACUCGGCCAAGCAGUCUGUGAGACAGGGUCAAUGGCUUUGACCACUGGAAAGCUUGCCUUCUGUGCGCAAACACCAUGGGUUCCAAAUGGCACCAUCCGCGAUGCAAUUUGUGGAACUCUUUCAGCAUGUUCCGCCAAGGGGUACGAAUUUGAGCCAAAUUGGUACUCGGCUGUUCUUCACGCAUGCGAUUUGAAUCUGGACCUUGAUAUACUCCACGACGGAGACAGGACGCGGAUUGGAGAUGGAUCCGGGCAGAGGCUGAGUGUUGGUCAAAUGCAUCGCGUCGCUCUUGCUCGAGCACUCUACGCUCGUAGGAAGCUUUUACUUCUAGACGACAUAUUCAGCGCUUUGGACAAGAAAACCAAGAUGACGAUCAUCUCACGUCUUUUUGGAGCCGAUGGACUGCUCCGAAAGGCAAAUGUGACAGUGAUCUUGGUGACACAUGAGAAUCUCCGGAUGUUUCCUGCAGAUCAGAUUUACAUUCUUUCGGAUGGGUAUUUUCGUCGCAAGGAGUCUUCUGAGGGGGAUAUUUACCAAGGAGUGGCACUUGAUGUUGUGGAGACUGAAGAAUUUGAGGAAUCCCCAGCUUUGGGGCAAGAUGACAAAGCUGCCUUGAUCUGUGAGGCGAAUGAGAUUGACGAUUUAAAGAGGGCAAGAGGGGACUCAGCCAUUUAUAAGUAUUAUUUGCGCUACGUUGGAUGGCCCAAUGCUGUCAUAUUUGUUCUCUUCGUGAUGAUGAAUGUCUUUUCUGCUACAUACGGUCAAAUUUGGCUUGAGCAAUGGACUAGUCGUUGCGGGGAGCAGAAAGCACUCUAUGUCACGGUUUAUCUCCUCCUUGGGAUUUGCAACAUUGUUGGAAAUGGUGGUUAUGUUUGGGCUAUCCUCAUUCUGAUCUCUCCGUCGACGGCGCGCCGACUCCAUUAUACCGUAUUGAAGACUGUUAUGAUGGCAACACCUCAAUUCUUAGCGGCUGCUGAUAUUGGGUCAAUCCUCAACAGAUUUAGCCAGGAUAUGACCCUUAUAGAAAGUGAUUUACCGAUCGGCAUUUUAAUCAUGGUCUCAAAUCUCUUUUCAUCAAUUGCCAAUGCUGCAUUAACUGCGACCGGGUCGAAGUACAUGGCAGUGUCCGUGCCUUUUCUAAUGGUCGCUCUCUUUCUACUACAGAACUUUUACUUGAAGACAUCGCGACAACUUCGCCUUCUGGAACUGGAAAGCCGAAGUCCAUUGUACUCUCAUCUUCUUAGCACGGUCGAGGGCCUUGCUACCAUUCAGGCUUUUGGAUGGGAGGCAGAAUUUCGAACCGCCAGUUCAAAAUUCUUGGAUACUACGCAGCGCACUUAUUAUGUGCUGAAUUGCGUUCAGCGUUGGCUAACACUGGUCUUGGAUCUCAUCGUGGCUGCCGAAGCGAUCAUUGUUGUCAGCUUGGCUAUAUGCUUCAAAAAUACAACGAGUCUUGGAUUUCUUGGAGUAUCGCUCAACAGUAUUCUUGCCUUCAAUGGUAGCCUUUCAUCUCUCAUAUCGGGUUGGGCACAAUUGGAGAUAUCUCUAGGCUCCAUUUUCCGUGUCAAGGAUUUUGAGCUCACAGUACCAAGGGAGACUUCAACUAAGCAAGGUGCUCCUCCCAAUUGGCCAAGCCAAGGCGCUAUCAAGAUCUCGGGGAUAACUGCACAAUACAAUUCUGAGUCAACAGUACUAAGCAACGUCUCUCUGGAAUGCUCACCAGGUCAGAAAGUCGGCAUCUACGGACGGACCGGGAGUGGAAAGAGCUCUCUGUUAUCGACCCUAUUGAGUAUGCUCACCGUGACCCACGGUUCAAUCGUGAUCGACGGCAUUGAUAUCGCUACUCUUCACCCUGAUCAAGUCCGCGAAAGGCUUAUCACCAUUUCCCAAACACCAUUCAUCAUGGUUGGCUGUACCGUUCGAUUCAAUAUUGAUCCUACCGAAAACAUCCCUGAUGCAGAUAUCAUCGCGGCUCUUGAUCGAGUUGGAAUCUGGCAUGGUGUACUACUUGAAAGAGGAGGGUUGAAUGCUGAAAUAACCGACAUCCUAUCACUAUCUCGAGGCGAGCAGCAGUUGCUUCAACUUGCUCGAGCAAUGCUGAAACUACAAGCCAGUGAUUCCAAGAUUCUGUUGGUUGAUGAAGGUACCAGCAGCGUCGACAUGGAGACUGAUGCUCGUAUACAAGAUCUACUGGAACAGGAUCCAUUUCGUUCAUGCACAAUUCUCACAGCCGCACAUCGUGUCCACACUCUUUUGAAUUAUGAUCUGGUAAUUGGGCUAGAACGAGGAAAGGUGGUAGAGAUGGGCCAGCCAACUGUUUUGAGUAAGUUGAAGGAUAGCAUUUUCAGCACCGCUCAUGAUUCUAGCCGGUCUUAA